AGAGGAGAAUUUAUAAAAGUUGACCCGAAAAAUUGUUAAAGAAGAAUAGGGGGGGAGAAGAAACGGAAGAAAAAUAAAAGAAGGAAGAAAUUUGAACAGAAAAAGGAAUAAGGUUUUUGGAGGGGAAACAAAGGUAAGAAGAGAGAUGAUCCGGCUAAACAAGAUUUUGGGCUGAUUAUUAAGAGAUUAGAAAGAAGAGAAGAAAGAGGCAAGUACAGUAAUAUGCUAUUUGGCAGGAAUUCAUAGCUAGUUGCUUCCGAAUUGGGCCUUAGUUAAGGAGCGCAUUGGGCACAUAGUGCAAAUUAAAGCCGACACUAGCAGGGGCCAGGGCAGCGCAGGCCCACGUCGAAGCUGACUUGUAAUAUAAAACGCUCCAGUAGGAUUACGUUUCGUCCGCUCUUUUACUUGCUACCCUCCCCCAUCUGCUGAAGUUGAAUCUCUACUUCAGUGAUGGCGGCAGCUACUUCCUUCUCUUCUAUCUCCACUCCCUCUCCUAAUUCUUCCUCCAAAAUCCACAAAGCCUUAACUCCUCAGGUUUCUCUCGAUUUCGACACUUCCGUCUUCAAGAAGGAGAAAAUCUCCCUUGCUGGUAACGACGAGUACAUUGUGAGAGGAGGAAGGGAUUUGUUCAAGUUGCUGCCUGACGCUUUCAAAGGGAUUAAGCAGAUUGGUGUUAUUGGUUGGGGCUCGCAGGGACCAGCUCAAGCUCAAAAUUUGAGGGAUUCUCUUGCUGAAGCAAAAUCUGAUAUUGUUGUCAAGAUUGGACUCAGGAAGGGUUCCCGUUCCUUUGCUGAAGCUCGUGGUGCUAGCUUCUCUGAAGAGAAUGGCACUUUGGGUGAUAUAUGGGAAACUAUUUCUGGAAGUGAUCUUGUGUUGCUGUUGAUUUCUGAUGCAGCACAGGCAGACAAUUAUGAGAAGAUAUUCUCCCACAUGAAACCAAAUAGCAUCCUUGGACUUUCGCAUGGCUUUCUUCUUGGACACUUGCAGUCAAUGGGACUUGAUUUCCCAAAGAGUAUUAGUGUAAUUGCCGUGUGUCCCAAAGGAAUGGGUCCUUCUGUAAGGAGACUUUAUGUUCAAGGCAAAGAGAUCAAUGGUGCUGGAAUCAAUUCCAGUUUUGGGGUUCAUCAGGAUGUUGAUGGUAGAGCUACUGAUGUUGCCUUGGGGUGGUCAGUUGCCCUUGGAUCUCCUUUCACAUUUGCUACUACUUUAGAGCAGGAGUACAAGAGUGACAUCUUUGGGGAGCGGGGCGUUCUACUUGGUGCUGUUCAUGGAAUUGUGGAGUCUUUAUUUAGAAGAUACACAGAAAAUGGAAUGAGUGAGGAUUUUGCUUAUGAAAACACUGUUGAAUGCAUUACAGGAAUUAUAUCAAAGACCAUCUCAACACAGGGCAUGUUGGCUGUGUACAAUUCCUUGUCUGAAGAGGGAAAAAGGGAAUUUGAGACCGCAUAUAGUGCAUCUUACUACCCAUGCAUGGAUAUACUGUAUGAGUGCUAUGAAGAUGUAGCCAGUGGAAGUGAACUCCGCAGUGUUGUCUUGGCUGGGCAACGCUUUCAUGAGAAAGAUGGUCUCCCAGCUUUCCCAAUGGGGAAAAUUGAUCAAACACGCAUGUGGAAAGUUGGUGAGCGGGUCCGAAAGGUACGACCAGCUGGUGAUUUAGGGCCAGUAUAUCCAUUUACAGCUGGUGUCUAUGUGGCCUUGAUGAUGGCUCAGAUUGAGAUCUUGAGGAAGAAAGGGCAUUCGUACUCUGAGAUCAUCAAUGAGACCGUGAUAGAGGCAGUAGAUUCUUUAAAUCCAUUUAUGCAUGCUCGGGGAGUUUCCUUUAUGGUAGACAAUUGCUCUACAACAGCACGAUUGGGAUCAAGGAAAUGGGCCCCUCGGUUUGAUUACAUCCUUACCCAACAGGCUUUGGUGGCAGUGGAUAAGGGCACUCCCAUCAAGCAAGAUCUGAUCAGCAACUUCCUGUCUGACCCGGUGCAUGGUGCCAUUGAAGUCUGUGCUCAAUUGAGGCCCACGGUUGACAUUUCAGUGCCCCCAGAUGCUGAUUUUGUGCGACCAGAGUUGCGUCAAUCUGGUAAUUGAGCCCUAUCUAGAAUCUUUUGAACUUGGGAGGGCAACUAUAUACAUAGACUGUUUGAGGCAAAACUUGCUUCCAUACAUGAGUGAUGUAGUUUUACCUAUGAUGUGUUGGCCUAGUCUUUAUGUUUUAUGUAAUUGUAGGACCAAAACCAUCCGCAAAUGAGGCAUAAUGUUGUGUUUUCUUGCUGGUUUUUAGGUAUUGAGCGUGUGUGAUCCAUCUACUUCCUCAA